AGGUCUGUGAACUCCUGCGGGAACUGAAUUGGUUAAACUUCCUUAGUUCAUAUUGACAAUAUUAUAACGAAUAGUUUAAGUUUAUAAGUUUAGCAGCUUAGAAUUGUAUUUUCGAGAUGAAAGUUACAAAACAUAAGAAGGCUAGAAAAUAUAUGAGUUUUUACAUAAACAAUUUUGGCUUUAAAGAACCUUUGCUGGUGCUGAUUGACGGAACAUUUGCCCACGCUGCCUACAAAGUCAGAAUCCAAAUAGAGGAUCAACUUAAGAAGUACUUUCAAUGCGAGCUAAAGUUAAUCGUUACGGCUUGCAUUAUUACGGAAACCGAAAACAUAGGAGGACCACUUGUAUCCGUUUGCCAAUUAUUGAAGAAAUUUUUAGUUCACAAGUGCGGCCAUGAGAAGCACCCAAUUUCUGGAGUGGCUUGUAUUCGUGCUAUGACCAAGACGUGUAAUUACAUCGUAGCAACGCAGGAUCGAGACCUUCAGGAAUGGGUUCGUGCCCGGCCAGGUAUCCCGCUUUUCUAUCUGCAUAACAAUCAAGUGCCGACGUUAGUACAGCCAUCGGAUGCAAGUGUGAAGGCAGCUGCCGGCAAACUACACAGUAAAGUACUCGUUCGAGAGGUGGACGAGAAAAUGUUGGCCAGUUUGAAACACAAAGAGGGACUUAUGCCUGAAAAGGAAACGCAACCAAAGCGACGGAAGAAAGUGAAGAACCCUAAUCCUCUGUCAUGUAAAAAGUCGAAGAAGAAUAAGAACGAUAAGACGUCCUGCCCUGAAGUACGUCGGCAGGGUGGUGUUCAAAGUCAAACUAUUGAAAAAAGAAAACGGAAACGAAUAAAGCUACCCAAACAUGUGGUAGAAUAUUUGAAAGCUGGGGGUCCAGAAGCUCCGAAUUAGUAAUUGUAGAAAUAUAGAAACCCUAAUUACAAUAAUCAAUGCACUUGAUGUUUUAACUUUUGUUAUAAUAAGCUUUAUUAAAGGGGAUACAAAUCGAAUAUAAACUGAAUAUGAAGGAGCAAACGAAGACGAUUCAUACAAACAGUAGUUUUUGUUCGCAAUAAUUAUUGAAUUCGAUGGAUUCAACAUUCAAUAACAUCAGAUGCAAGCAAAACUAUGAUUCGACAGAUAAUAUAACUAGAGCGCAGAAUUUUUGAGUUUAAUAACUGAUGGGGAAAGUCGAAAGUGAUAUAAUCAAAGUUAAAAAUAUUUCAAUUAUGUUACU